GGUGCCCCAGUGUGCAGGAGCAGCAGACACUGACAGUCAGCGGGAACGCGAUGACCCCGGUCACCCCAGCACCCCCCGCCGGCAGCAGGAAGUGAUGCAGGCAGGGUGACGGUGACCGGGAAGCGCGGUGACGGAGGAGGAGGAGGCGGCGGCGGCGGCGUUCAGCGGCUGUCUCUGGAUGGGAGGACGGAGCGCAGUGUCCGGGAUGUACGCUGGAGCAUCCCCCGGCACCGUCAUGAGCAGCCGGCCUGGCCCACAGUCACAGAGCCACGGAGUCUAGCAGCCGGCCUCUCCCAGCAGGAUGAGCGCCCUGUGCCGGCACUGAGCACAGCCAUGGAAGGGGUGCUCUACAAAUGGACCAAUUACAUCACAGGUUGGCAGCCCCGCUGGUUUGUUUUAGACAAUGGCAUUCUGUCCUAUUACGAUUCACAAGACGAUGUCUGCAAGGGCAGCAAAGGAAGCAUUAAAAUGACCGUAUGUGAAAUUAAAGUUCAUUCAACCGACAACACAAGGAUGGAUCUUAUCAUUCCCGGGGAACAGCACUUCUAUGUCAGAGCUGUGAACGCAGCAGAGAGGCAGAGGUGGCUUGUAGCAUUAGGAAGCUCCAAGGCCUGUCUAACGGAUACCAGGACCAGGAAAGAGAAAGAAAUCAAUGAAACCAAUGAAUCUCUGAAAACCAAAAUGUCAGAACUGCGGCUGUACUGCGACCUGCUGAUGCAGCAAGUGCACACAAUCCAGGAGUUUGUUAGUCAGGAUGAGAAUCGGCGAUCGCCCAGUGCUGAGAAUAUGAAUGAAGCCUCUUCUCUGCUCAGCGCAACCUGCAACACAUUUAUCACCACCCUUGAAGAAUGUGUAAAAAUAGCAAAUGCCAAAUUUAAGCCGGAAAUGUAUCAGCUGCCUCCUCCUGAGUCUCCAGUGUCUGCGGUGUCUCCUUCACCUGUACAAAUGAUGAAGAGAUCCAUGAGCCACCCAGGCACCCAUACUACAGACAGGUAUAACUGUUCUACAAAGGAACCUGUAUCCUCAUUGCGUCGGGCGUCUCACAGGAGGAAAAGUGUGUACUCCGAUACAGAAACUGCCAGUGAUGGGCCGGUGGAAGAUGUAGAUAGGUCUAUACACUGUCCGAAAGUUGGAAUUAAUGGUGAUUUGCCCCCAGCAAGCAGACUGGAAGACAACAAGGUUAAAUCAAAGAAACCAUCUGAAGCCGGCGAUUCGGCUGCAUCUCUCUCUUCCUGAGGCUUGAGAAGAGAGUCUCUAGGUGUUAUUACACUUGUGUACGUCCUGCUAUGCAAAGGCAGCAUGUGUCAGAUAUUGUGUCAUAAAAAAAAAAGUUUGUUGAACCUUUAGAUGGAUUUCGCUGCACUUUAUAUGAUAAUGUAAAAGCAAACUUUGAGGUGAGUUUUAUCUUUGUACAGUUUAUUCACAUAAGUAUUUUCCUACUAACUUUCACAGUCUGAAUGUGCAUUUGCGCUCAAACCGCUGUAUAAUACAUAUAUAGAAUAUGCAAA